AUGGAGGGGUUGUCGGAGCUUUUGCCGCCGGUGCCGGACUCUGCAUCUGAGUGGGGGUCAGAUGACGAGCAGCCACGGCCGGCAAGUGAGGUCACUGGUUUUCCAGAGGCAGAGGAUAAUUCGGCGGCGGCAGCAUCCCAAGAAGGUUUCGGAGGCAAGAUGUGGAUGCACAUUCGCUACAUGGUCUAUGCGAUGCUACCGGGCAAGUCCCCAGGCCUCACUUCCGACGGCAGCUUCUGGGUUCAGUGGGAGAACCUGGAUCCGUAUGACCAGUUGGUCAGCAAGGUGCCUGGGGAGAGCCUGUGGGGCCCAAGCUCCGUGAAUGGCCUCUGGUGCAACCGCCAGGGCCACUUAUGGAUUCGCCCGGACACCGUGGACACGGACAGCUGCCGGUACUGCGAGGCCCCGCAGCGCGGAGGCUUCCUGAGCCUCGGCCAAGCCCUCACCGGGUUUGGAAGGGGAACCGGCAGGAUUCUGCUCGGUGAUUCUACUGAAGCAGAAAUUGCAGGCAAAUUGAUGUUUCCUGUAGUCUUCUUCAUGGGUCUCUGGAUGAAUUCCGCACUUCCAAAACGCGGUAGCAGAUCCUGGCCACUGGCACCACGUGCCUGA